UCUCUGGGGAGAAACAGACAUCUAUCAGAGAGACAUAAAGAAACAAAACAUGCGCCUGCCAGCCUGGGUCAUCUGUGCUUUUCUGCUGCAGAGCAUCCUUGCUGAGGACAAUGAUGGCUACCCGAAGCUUUCCAACGAGAUUGUCACUCAAACCGUCACCAAAACAGUCGUGACCAUGGUGGAAGCAACGCAGGCUUCUAGUAAAAGGACUCGAAGAGAAAUCCCUCCCCGCCUCGAUUACAAGGACGUGUUCGUGAAAUGGGUGAAAUGGUCUGGUUCUCUGCCUUCGUUUUCUGUGCAGGCGUACAUACCUGGAACGGGAAGAACGGACUACAUCUGUGCUUCCCAUACUGGUUGUUACUGGGCCACUGGCUACCACAACCCCACUUUAGGCCCAUACUGCUACUACCCCUGCCAUGGGGAGCAGGGUAGAUCCUCAGAGUUUGAUAUACUGAUCAACGAGCAAAAUCUGGAGCUGUUGGAGUGGAAGGCUUUCAAAGGUGACUUCAAAAAUGGGGUCACUUCAUCUGUAUCUAGGAAAAUGUAUGUUGGGAUGCAUACAUCCGGUAUUGGGACAAUCUUUGAUAAAACGUUCUACCAGCCCCUGCUUGGUGAUGAACGAUACUUUAAAGAAGACUUUUAUAUCAUGACAAUGGAAACAGGACAAUCCGAGCAGAGAAUCCAUGACAUUGAGUACAACAUUAAUGAUCUGGACAUGCUUUCCCAACAACCGACUGUAUUCAAUCAGAUGAGAGUGGAGAACCAUAACUGCAGAGACUUGGAUCAGGAGGUGAAUCUGGAGGGGAGCACAGUCUCUGCCUCCAUACAGGUCACGGUACCGUUUGUCUCUGCCUCUGCAGGAGUGGAGUACUCAGAUGCCAAAACCAUCACCAAUGGCAACUCCCUGACUGAGACCGUGACUCACUCUCUCACUGUGAAAGCCACAGUUCCUCCCAACCACUCCUGUGUGGUGAAGAUGGCGGGGAAGACGCAAAACCUCAACAUCCCGUACAAAGCUCAACUUUCGAGGGAGUUUCCUAAUGGGAAAGUCCAUACCAUCACAGUGUCUGGGAUGUACAAAGGUGUCCAGGUGGGGGAGAUGCAUGCUGUGGCAGAGCGCUGCGUACCCCUCCCCAACGCCAAGCCCUGCCCCGCCUGAAACAGAGAGGCACAUCUAAUCCUGCCUACAUCUGAUUGAUGACUCUUGUUUUCUUGAAUUUGUACACUUAUUUUUAAUCACAAGAUUUUUAUUCAAUCAAACCAUUUUCUAAAUGUGCAUAUUAAAAGUACACAAAAGAAAUGUUUGAUGAUGAAUUCUCAAAACACUGAUUGAUUCUUCCUACCUACUUCUGAUUGAUGACUACAUAUAUAUCUUCACAAUGUAGUUGUAUGAUUUGUGCUGUGCCCCCUUUGCAUUCCUGUGUGUGUUUGUAAACUCAAUAAUUGUUUGUAUAUCUGCCUUUAUGCAAUAAUUAAAAAUAAAAUAAAAGUAUGCUUGAA